UCAUCUCGAGUCCAAUAUGAAGUCUGUCACUGUGUGGGUGUGCGCUUACGUCUUUCUCCUGCUCUUAGAUAAGGCAGCAAGUUCCUGGGAUGGUCCCUCAGCUUUGUCCGUGUCCAUGGCUAAUGAUUCUCCAGGAUCUCCAGGCACAGGGUCUGGUCCCGGAGCUCAGCCAGAAUGGGUGGACUGCAUCCAGGCCAGUGACAUGUGUAACCAGAACCCUUAUUGCAGCUCCCGGUACCGGGUGAUGCGCCAGUGUCUUGUGGGCAAGGAGAAGGAAGCCAUGCUGGACAACAACAGGGAGUGCCAGGCGGCCUUGGAAGUGCUGCUGGUUAGUCCUCUGUAUGACUGCCGCUGCAAGAGGGGCAUGAAGAAGGAGCUGCAGUGUCUGCAGAACUACUGGACUAUCCACAUGGGACUCACUGAAGGUGGAGACAUGGAUGACUCAUCCCCGUAUGAACCUGUAGCACCAAACCGACACCCUGAUGCGUUUCGCUUGGCCUCCAUCUCUUCAGGGAUGCUCACAGUGGCCCCAAAAGGUUCAACUGUGUCGACGCCGAAAGAAACUGCAACCCCCUGCCUGGAUGCGGCCAAAGCCUGCAACCUCAACAGCAGCUGCAAGAGGCAACGCUCCGCCUACAUCGCUACCUGCAGGAAGAAGGACCCCAACAAGGAUGAAGCGUGCAGCAAGAAGCGCUGCCACAAAGCGCUGAGGCUGUUCCUGGACCGCGUGCCACCUGAGUUCAGCCACCGACUGCUCUUCUGUCCCUGUCAGAGUGUGGGCUGCGCCGAAAGACGCAGGCAGACAGUCGUGCCCGAUUGCUCCUAUAAAGAUAAGGAGAAACCCAACUGUCUGGAGCUACGGAGGGUCUGCCGCCAGGACUCUCUCUGCAGGUCUAGGCUGGCUGAUUACAAGGUGAACUGCUGGGUGACUCCGCACACAAUGAGCACCUGCCCCAACCAAGACAAUCACCAGGCCUGCUUGGCCUCCUACGCAAGGCUCAUUGGAACAGAAAUGACUCCCAACUAUGUCGACAACAGCUUCUCCAACUGGACCAUCUCCCCCUCGUGCACCUGUAGGGGCAGUGGAAACCAAGAAGAGGAAUGUAUGAACUUCCUGCGGUACUUCACCAAUAACACAUGCCUAAGAAAUGCUAUUCAGGCCUUCGGUUAUGGGAUAGACAACAUGCAGAACAAGAAUGCAUCUGUCCCUGGUCCCUCAGCAACUACGAAAACGGGGUCGGAUUGGUCGACAGGCACCUCAGAACCACCCUUUGUCACCAUCCCAAAGUAUCCUGAACCAAGAGACGGUGACCUGGGCAAAACCCAAGGCCUGCCAGAGGAUCACACUGGCUGUCUGUGUGCCAAUGUCUGGGCACUGCUUCCCAGCCUGGCUUUGGCUCUGGUCCUGGCCCAGCAUGCCUUAUAGAAGCGCCAGGAGGAGAAAAAGAGGUCAUCCACCCACAAGCUGAUCCCAAAAGCAGAAGGUGUUAUUUCUGAGAUUGAUAUUAAGAAGACUGAAUCUCUGAGCAGUUGACAAAAAUGGUAUUUAUGAAAGCAGAAAAAAAAAAAAAAGGUGCAAAGUAUUAAAAUGUUACAAUUGUGAAUUUGUUGUUUAUUUGAUGUAAUGUUCGGGCGGACCACAACUGUGAUAAAGCACAUGGCUUGAAAAAGGACCCUUGGUAGAAGAGGCCAUGAAAGCCAUUCUUUGGGAAGGACUCUCCCUCAGACUGAGACACAAAAUCCUGGAGGACUGAAGCUGAUAAUUUUCAAUGCUUG